UAUUCUUUCUCUAGCUUAUUAAUCUCUUUACUCGUGUAAUAACAAGACUUCAAUUAUUUUCUAAAUGAUCGUUUACUUUAAAAAUAUUUUCUUCAUCGGUUUGAUAUAUCUUUCCGUAUCAUCUGCCGCCGAUGAAGAUAUUUAUAUAACAAAAGCCCCUCCAUAUUUAACAUCAUGUGAAAUUUACAAACCAGAAUUUACAAAGUGCUCUACAAACUCAAUACAAAAACUUUUUAUUGAAUUCGCAAAGGGUAUUCCUGGUCUUAAAGUCGGCAAACCUAUCGAUCCUUUCUUUAUUAAGAAACUUGUCUACAAGCAAGAUAAUAAUCAAGUUGCAACAAUUACAGCAAAUUUGACAAAUUUAGUAACUAAAGGCUUCGCAAAAACUAUUGUCAAAGAAAGCAAGGUGAGCAAGAAAGAUUUCAGUUGGGAGACAACUUUAUUAGUGCCAAAAUUAAGGAUAGAUGGACAUUACAAAAUGGAAGGGAAGAUUUUAGUUGUACCACUACAAGGAAAUGGAGAAAUGUUCAUUGAAUGUGAUGAUCUCACCAUUAAAAUGCACACUAAAACAAGGCUUUAUGAAAAGGGUGGAUUUACAUUUUACAACGUUACUGGAGUUCGUAUCGAUAUUUCAAUUUCAAAGCUCAAAACCAGGUUUGAUAACUUAUUUAAUGGAAAUAAGGAAAUAGAAGACAGUACAAAUGAAUUCUUUAAUGAGAAUUGGAGAGAUCUAUUUGAAGCUCUACGACCCGUUUUAAUUCAAACUAUUGAAGGGGUGCUUUUAGGCCAAUUACAAGCUUAUUUCCAUUACGUCCCUGCAAACUUUUUCGUGAGUGAUAUUCCUACUUCUAAGGAACUUUAUGGAAAAUCUUAACCAAUAAUUGUAAAUCCAUGUUGGAACGUAUACGAGUAUAAUCAUGGGUGGAGAAAAAUAAUUUGAAAUAAAGGUGAUGUAUUAAAUAAAAAAAAAAAAAAACAUUGAAGAAAAACUAAAUUUAGUAUAUUCCAGGCCAAAAUCAUAAAAAUAAAGAGCUAAAAAUAACAGUUGAAA